AUGUUUGAUCUACCAAAUGCCAAGCGCGUCCGCCGCGAUGAGAUGCGUUCACCAGAGUCAUCUCGCUCGCCAUCACCAGCACCAGACAAUGCCGCCGUCCAGGAUGCAUACGCUCGCCUAGGGAAAUUACUUAACCUCGAUCAAUUGGAUGCUGCGCAGGAGACAACCAGCCACGACAUUGAUCCCUCACAGCCUGCGGAGGAUGAGGACGAAGAACAAGAAUUUGAGUUCCGCCUAUUUAGCGCCCCCACCAAAUCAACGGAAGACACCACCAAGCAGCCUGGAAAUGAUACAGACGAGAAAAUUACAGAGGCUCCGACUACCCAGAAAUUGAAGAUUCGGCUGCAUUCACCCACACCGGGAUCUGGCGCUGGUACUGAGGGACGAUUUGUGAAAGCCUCCCGGGGAUGGGAUUACUACUUUUCUACGCCUUCUCUCCAAGGUACAAGGAAUGGACAACCUACCUCUGAAGACGAAAUCCGGAUAGCGGAAAAGAAGAAACAAUUCGAGGAAAUGGCCGUUAGCGGGCAGCACGUGCUGACAUGGGCCAACUCGCUAGUCUGGCCCGGCUGCCAUCUCCCAUGGCGAGUCAUCCAUCUCAAGCGCCAUCAGACCAAAAUGCCACGGCCAGCCAACAGUCUUCCCGUCUACGUGGCAGAGGGCGCACCUAUCUCGAAGAGCCCACUUACACGCAAGAAACCAGGCAAGAAGCGGCGAGUGCAGCUGCGCAAGCGCGUUGCGGCCGCACAGGCUGCCAAGGAAAACGAAGCAGAGAAGCGGACUCGGAAGAACCGCGAUAGGAAACUCAAGCGCAGACAAAAGGCGAGAGAGCUGAAGGCUGCGGCGGCGGGUGUUAGCGUUGUAGAUGUCGCUAUGGCUGAUGGUGAUGAUCAUUCCUCGGGCGGGGAGGAAUGA